CGCAAAGCGAAGUGAACACAAAACCCGGCGUCACGGAGAACAAGAGAGCAACAAAAUUCCCUAGCCAACUAACCCGGAAAUAGAUUCUGAUAAGAAAUUCGAAAGGAAGUAAAUACAACCCAGAAUCGGGCGAGAAGUCAACGCAACUCACCAGGCGAGCGGGACAGCCAGCGGGAAAGAGAGAAAGUAGCUGUAUGUCUGCCGCCGCCUCUCCGCAGACCAUCGCCAUGAUCCGACUAAGGAACCUCCUGCUGCUGCUGUUCCUGCUCGUGUGCCUGCUAGUUUACCUGCUGUACACGAACGCGCUGAACGGCAGACUGGUUCAGGUGGAUACGAUGAAGAAUUUCUCAACCUCGGUUAAAGUUCGUCUUCGUAAUAGAACAAAACAGGAUAAUCCCCUCGAUCUUCCGAUUUCGUCAUGGCGUCCUCCUGAGCAGCCGCCGACGGAUACUACCUCUCCUUCUGAACAACUUUUCCCGACUGAGGAUGCAGACGAUCCGAAGUUUAAAGUCCCCCCUGCAGAUCUGUUCAUAGAAAACGGAGACACCGCUAACUCGGAGAAGGACGUUUCUUCUCUUAAAAAGAUUUUAUUUUGGAAUGAUGAUUACAGGCACAAGCACUUCGGCUUCGGCUUCGGCCACGCCCCCUUCGUCAGCGCCGGCUGCGGGGUGGACGCCUGCCUCACGACGGGCGAGCGAGGGCGCUUCCGGCCCGAGGAGCUGGACGCCGUCGUGUGGCACUUCAGGAGCUCGGACAAGUCGCUGCCGGAGAGCAGGUCACCGCACACUCGCUACGUCUUCUGGCUGCUGGAAUCUCCGCCUCAUCUCUACGACGACAUCUCCCGGUUCGACAGCAUCUUCAACUGGACCAUGACGUACAGACUCGAUUCGGACUUUCCCACUGCGUACGGCCAAGUGUACCGAAGGAAGCAUCCCUUACACAUCCCGUCGACGAGGAACUAUGCUGAGGGCAAGACCAAGAUGGCCGCCUGGUUCGUCUCUCACUGCCACACGGUCGGAGGCAGAGAAAACCUGGCCGAGACCCUCCAGCAGUGGAUCGGCGUGGACGUGUUCGGGAGCUGCGGCCCCCGCGCGUGCGACCGGUCCCGCCAGGCCGACUGCGACCGGAUCCUCAGCGAAUCCUACAAGUUCUACCUUUCCUUCGAAAACUCUCUCUGUCGGGACUACGUCACGGAGAAGUUCUUCAAUAUCUUAAAGCUGGACGUCGUGCCCGUCGUCUACGGUCUGGGGAACUACUCCGUGCAGGCGCCUCCUCACUCCUACAUCGACGCCCUCUCCUUCCCAACGGCGAAGGACCUCGCCGACUACCUCCUCUACCUCGACAGGAACCACACCGCCUACAACGAAUAUUUCAGAUGGAAAACAGACUACUUCGUCUCUCAAGACUGGUUCCAGCGUGCCCAAGCUUACUGCGCGUUGUGCGAGCGACUCCACACCGACAACGCAACCAAAGUGUACGACCUGAGCGAGUGGUUUGUGCAGGAGUCCCACUGCUUGGAGAAGACGACGCCAGAGAUACGGGAGUUCGUUGGCGGGAACAGGUACCAUCCCGCUCUCGCCUUCCUCGCGUGCUUGCUCAUUCUGCUUGCGAUUGCACUGGUGUUCUUGCUGACUGUCACCCUCGCUGAAUAUUACCGGCCGAAUAGGACCUAUUGCAAAAUUUAUAGCAUGAUCAAGAGAUGAAAUGGAAGUUGCAAGAUGUAUAUUUAUAAUAAACGAGUGGAUAUGUAAAUAAUAUUAAAAAAAAACGUUUUUAUAUACGUGAUGUGCAUUUAGUCAUUAUGCUAAAUAACCUUCCUAAUGGAAAUGCUUGUUGUGUCUGCUUGUUUGUUUUU